GGGCCGGGCGCCCCGCCGGAAUGGGCAGGGGGCCGCAGGCGACGAGGGGAGGGCAGAACCAUGGACCAGCUGCUUGCCUUUCUGUCCCCUCAAGGCCUUCCACUUUCGGACCUCAACGACGAGGACUUACAGAACCUGGUGCCGUUGCUGUCUUGCCGAGUGACCGAAGAGGAAGCGGCGCUGAGCCUGCUGGAGGAUGAGGUCCUCCAUCUCCAGGAGGAGAUCGCCGAGAGCGCCGCCGAGAGAGCCCGCUAUGCGUCCGUCACCGCCCACUUGGCCCUGCCGCCGCCUUCCUUCUGGGACCAGGAAGAGCAGGACCCUCCACAGCAGGAGCCCCACUGGCCCCAGGCCUCGGACCCCGAACACCCUGCCAGGGAGGAAAGCGAGGCGGCAGAGGGGCAGACAGAAACGACCACGGUCGCCGAGACGAAGACCGCCUUGACCGCCGAGACGGAGAGCGCCGUGGCCUCGCUGAGGCAGCGAGGGGAGGCCCUGAGGCAAGAGAAGCACCAGCUGUUGGACCGUCUGGAGGUGGCACAGGCAGCCCUGAGCCAGGCACAGGGGGACUGGCGGGCAGCCAAGGCGCAGCUGGCUCGUUUGGAGAAGGAACAAUCCGGAGCCACGUCCGAGAGGAAGAGCGGGACGGACCGGAAGUUGGACGCCCAGAUUAGGGAGCUGAAGAUCCUGGAAGCCCUCACUGAGAAGCAGUGAGCCGCUACUGCCGGGGGUCCCCUCGGACCAUUCCGCCCCCGGGCCUCCUCGGCCUGGAGUCGUCAGUUGUCCGGACUGUGGACCGGGCAGAUAGGCGGUGCCCGGACUGAGCAAGGGUCAGUGGGUUCUUGGGUUUAGGUGGGUGGGGUCGGACUGCCGGAGAGACCAUCCCCACCCCGUCUCCGAACCCCAGCGCUCCUCCACGGUGCAGAGUGGGGAAAGAGAGGCCGAGCAGAGGCAGGAGAAGGGCCUGUAGGGGGGCUGAGCUGGAGCUCAGCGUCAUCGGCGAUGGGCUGGAGUCCCCGCCCUGGGGGCUGUCACUAGUGACGGCCGGGGUCCCCUGGGCCGACAGCACUCGAACACGGCACCGGUGACAGGGGUCGGCGUCCCCAAAGGGGGGGUCAAGCCCGGGUCUCUGUGGCCCCGGUCCCCACAGGGAGAUGACCCAGGCCCGGCUGGGAUGGUGUUGGGCAAGAUAAAUGGCAACGGAGUGUGGUGACCUGGAAGCCAUUUCUGCAGGCAGGGCUGGGGGUGCUAAUGGCUGAAAGUGGCCAGGGGAGGCAGGGGAUUGGUGGGGACCCCUUGGCUCCAGCCACAUAUCUGUAAUUUGCCCAAAUCUACAUCUCCACCCCUGAACGCUCUCCCUCUCUCCUGGCUUGCAUCUCCU